ACUAAGCGCCACUUCAGUGUGUUCCCAGCAAGCACGGCCCAUAGUAAUGGCAGACUGGCGCUUAAAGGACGGUGCCAGUGCCGAGGGAGAAUAACGUGCGAAAGAGAGAAAACUUUCGUGACAGCAUUUCAGGACUGUGUCAUACUUCGCCGGAAAAAAAAACCCAGAUGAGAACUGUUAUUGGUCAUCAUUAAGACUUCUUUGAUUCUCAGUGUCAUAGAAUGUCAUAGAGUGCAAUCAUGGCGCCCAAGGAGAGUCUGGUGCCACAGUCAAACCCUACCGAGGAAGGCACAGAGUCCCAGAGUAUCACAGAUAAAAUCAUACAGGAUUUAGAGGCUCUAGAAAAAGAAGACGUGGAGGAGAUUCUAAACACAGAAGAAAAGAAUUUUUUGCUACAGGUGGAACGAGGUGACGUGGUCUCCGUCCAAAAGAUUGUCAGGAAGGGACAAAGGGACAACAACGCCAACCCCGGCAGCUUCAACAUCAACUGCAAAGACCCUCUGGGACGAAGCGCACUUAUCAUUGCCAUCGAAAACGAAAACCUACAACUAAUUGAAGUCCUGCUGGGGGAGAAGAUAGAUCCUGGGGACGCGCUACUCAUGGCCAUUGCGGAGCAGUACGUAGAGGGGGUGGAGGUGCUGCUGACCUUCGAGGAGACCAUCCAUAAGCCUGGGGAAUCCUACUCAUGGGAAAAGGGGAGGCUGGAACGGUCCACCUUCACACCCGAUAUCACGCCGCUAAUCCUCGCUGCCCACAAGAACAACUACGAGAUUCUGAAGCUGCUGCUUGACCGCGGCGCAUCGCUCCCAACACCACACGACAUCAAGUGUGCUUGCGACGAGUGUCUUGUCUCGAGCGCAGAUGACUCCCUCAGGCACUCCCUGUCAAGAAUCAAUGCCUACCGAGCCCUGGUCUCCCCAUCUCUCAUGUGCCUCUCCAGCAAGGACCCACUCCUCACCGCCUUCAUCCUCAGCAAAGACCUUGAAAGCCUCGCCGGCAUGGAAAAGGAGUUCAUGGAGGAUUAUGUGGCAAUGAGGGACCAAGUGCAAAAGUUUACCAUGGACCUGGUGGACGAGACCCGCACUUGUACCGAGCUCGAGAUUGUACUUAACUAUGACCCUGAGGGAGAACCGUACAAGAAGGGUGAGUUCAUGCACCUAACCAGACUGAGGGAAGCUGUGGCCAGCGAUCAGAAAGAGUUUGUCGCCCACAGCAAUGUGCAGCAGCUGUUGGGACAGGUAUGGUAUGAUGGCAUGCCUGGAUUCAAGCGUAUGGGUCCUGUCGCUCAGCUGGCCGAGGUAGCAAAAAUUGGCUGUCUCUUCCCACUCUACUGCUUUGCCUUCCUCUUGGCUCCAAAAUCAUCUUUUGGAGCUGCUAUGAAGAAGCCUUUUAUCAAGUUUAUUAUCCAUUCCUCAGCCUACUCUUUUUUCUUGUUGUUGCUGGUGAUUGUGUCUCUGAGGGUGGAGACAUUGGUUAUGGAAAUGUUUGGCAACGCUUGGAUGCUGCAGCGGGUAAGGGAGGCAGAACGAGAGGCACGAGGUGGCUUCCCUUCCAUCGUGGAGAUGUUCCUUGUGAUCUUUGUGGUGGGAUUCAUCGUCAAUGAGGUGUCCACUCUCUGGGAGGAAGGGCUCGGUGACUACAUCAAAGAUCUCUGGAACAUCAUCGACUUCAUUUCCUUUUUCUUUUACGUGAAUUGGAUAUUUUUAAGAGCGACAGCCUUCUUUUUGUCUCAGCGGGCCGAGUGGUCUGGCCAGAAAUAUUACUAUCCGAGGGAGAUGUGGCCUGACUUUGACCCUAUUCUGAUCUCCGAGGGAAUGUUUGGUGCUGCCAACAUUUUAAGCUUCCUCAAGUUGGUGCACAUCUUCAGUGUCAACCCAUACAUGGGGCCACUGCAGGUUGCUCUCGGCAGGAUGGUAUUUGACAUCAUCAAGUUCUUCUUUAUCUACACCCUUGUACUCUUCGCUUUCGGUUGUGGUUUGAAUCAGAUGCUUGGGUACUAUGCUGACCUGGAUAUGAAGAUAUGUUACUCCCUGCCAGGUGGUCGACUAGACCCAAAUUCAAAUUCGUGUGAAAUCUGGAGAAGAUUCUCUAACCUUUUUGAGACAUCACAGUCACUUUUCUGGGCCUCUUUUGGUUUGGUGGACCUGGAUAAUUUUGAAUUGACGGGCAUCAAAACAUUCACGAGGUUCUGGAGUCUCCUCAUGUAUGGCUCUUAUAACGUCAUCAACGUUAUUGUGCUCCUGAACCUCCUGAUCGCUAUGAUGUCUAACUCGUACGCCAGCAUCUGUGCAAAAUGUGAUGUGGAGUGGAAGUUCGCACGAUCAAAGUUAUGGAUGAGUUACUUCGAGGAAGGACAAGAAAUACCGCCUCCCUUCAACCUUCUGCCUAACAUCGGUGCACUAUUAGCUAAAACAAACAAAGUGACCCGUGCCUCCUUCAGAAAGCGGCAAGACUCCCUUCGCGAAACCCAGUAUCAGAAUGUUAUGAAAAACCUGGUACGUCGCUAUGUGACCAAGAUGCAAAGAAAAAAUGAUGAACGCAGUGUGACAGAGGAUGACAUCAAUGAGGUAAAGCAAGACAUCUCUUCCUUCAAGUAUGAACUGCUCAACAUCCUCAGGGCGAACAAUAUGAACACCGGCUCCGUACACCACAAGGCUGAAACAACCUUUGGCAAGAAGCAGCAGGCCAGAGAACGACGCCUUAUGAAGGGCUUCAACAUUGGGCUGGUUGAAGGCAUUGAAGGCAACAGAUCACUAGCUGGGAUUGUGAAGAAAUCCAUUAAUAUUCUGGCAGCCUUUAAGAUGAAGCAAAGUAAAAAGAAAGACUGGAACAGGGAGGUGCGAAUGAGUGUUCGUAAAACAGACCACAUUGGAUCCAGCCGCGCGAGCAUGAGGCGCACCAGCCUGAGGCACAAUACACGUGCUACCAGUGCCACUCGAUCCUGGAAGACAGUUCAGUACUACCAAAGGAGCGGAGUGUUCAAGGGGGAGGAGGUGAAUGAAGCCACUCUGCAGGUUGCUCGCCGGGACUUGGGUGCCCUUGAUAUGCCCCAGAAGAAAUAUGGCCGAGGCUGGAAGAAACUACAAACCCUUCAUGCUCAAGGCCAAGUUACUGGCCAAGGCAACUCACCGCCUGCCUCCGACACUACCACCUCCACCAAACAAAAUUCUGCUACCACUCAUGACCCCACACUUACUCCUGCCAAACAGUCCCCCACUCCCUCUUCAGAGCCAUGCUCCUCCAAGCAAGCACCACCAGCAGCCUCCCCGACCCUAACAAAGGCACCUCAGAAGGGAUGGCUGUAGUUGUGUAGGGAAAAUUUCCAAGGGUUGGUACUACCUAAUCUUGCCUCUUGCCGUUGUACGGUUUUGAGCACUGCAUCACAUCACAAGAUUAUCAAAGUCUUACAAUAUUACACAUUUCUAGGUAGCAUGCAGUAGCAUGAACAGCAGCACCUGAUUUUUUAAUGAAGAGUUUUAAGAAAGACAAAAAAGAAGGAUUGAGGAAAUCUUGCCAGCUUUAAGAUGUUAGUACUUUUUAUCUAUUCAUUUAUUCAUUUAGUAACACAUUUAUUUAGUAUCAGGAGAUGAAGACUUUGGAAAAAAGGUUAAUGAUCUGUUAUGUGAUAUAAAUUAUUUGUUUAUAAUUGAUUAGUAUUAAUGAUGUUUGUUUGCAUACUAAUUAAUUUAUUUAUUAGCAUUAAUACAGACAUUUGUAAGGAGGCUGAGGUUCAUACUUCAUUUGGAAAUGUCUUUAUAGUCAGACUCAGCUAUGAAGUCCUUCUUCAUGGCAAGCAGCACCAGUUGUCUCGCUGAUCUCUAUGUUUUCCACUUUAAACUUUUUUUACCUUGGGCUUUGUCAUGUCUCACGCUGGCCCAUGGCCUGCUCCCGAGGGCCCUCCCCUUGAAAAGGUUGCCCACCCUGCUCUAGAGUAUUGUGCUUUGCUUUCUUCCGGCACUGACAUAUAUUACAGCAUAUGUUUUGUGUAGCAAAAUGUGGAUACGAGCUGCAUUAAUAGAAUCAUUAUGUUA